CAUCGCUCCGCCGCGCCGGUCACUAUCCCAACUGCAAACCUGCAAAUGAGGGUUAAUCAUAAAACUGUCUACCACCUCGUGUCGCCAAGCUUUCUGUCAAUUCUGAGAUGCUCUGUCCAUCAUAUUUUAUUUACGUCCUCCAUUGGGCCAAAGAGCGAAUCACAAAGUUGUCGAGCUCUUUGUCGGCAGACUUUAUCACCAAAUCUGCCCAUAGUUGUCGGCGUGCUUGUCAGCUUCACGACUGACCCAUUCUGUAGUAUCUUGCCCACUUUGCCUGUUUUUUAUUGGCUCGCCAUCUUCACAUCCUCACACUCGACUACACAUCGGGCGCACAUUCGCAGACCAGCUCGUGCAAUCACUUGCCUCGCAGGCCAGAGACAAUCUCAGGAUUACUUCGGUCCCCUUUGUCGCCCACUCAUGCAAACCCCCUCACCUUCUCUCCAUUGUCAAUGCUCCCUUGUCCUUUGUCUCUUGUCCCUCGUCCCUUGUACCAUGUACCAUGUACCUUGCCUCUUUCCCCUCAUAUUUCUUUCGCCAUGCCCUCGAGCCCGUCCAGUCUACCCUCUUCUUACCGGCAUGAAUCAUCACCCUAUUUACGACUACACUUCGACAUGGUCGAUACUAACCUUUUACAUACAGUAA